AUGAAGUCAGCUGUUCUUCUAGCAAGCACCCUCGCUCUGGUCACUGCCUUGCCCCAGGCCAAGCCCGUCUGCCCGGAACCUAAGGACCUCCUCCCCUGGCUUGAAAAAUCCCUCACGACCGAAGAGUGCUUCGAACUCGAAUCGAACAAGCCGUCUUUCAAAGAGCUUGAACAAAAGUGCGGAACAACAUGGAGCUGCAAUGUACUGAGCAACUCGAAUGAAAAGUGGCUAAUUGACAAUUCUGGCUUUGCGAAUGAGGAGGCUUGCCUGGCUCGCCAUGUGCGAGACCCCGGACAAAAGAUUCCCUGGUAUCCAAAGUCCAGUACAGACGACGAGUGUCUUGCGUUUAAAAUGUGCAAGCCAGCUUUGGAAGAGCUAGAGGAACAAUGUGGAACAGACUGGACUUGUAGUCUACUUGAGGGCCGAGGCGAACGCAAUAGGCUUGACAACAUCUGGCUAGCUGAGAAGACUGGCCUUUGGUCCAAGGAGGAUUGCCUCCGCCACCACAUGCCAGACCCCUCGCUUUAG